AAAAGUAUUUCUAAAAAUAGCCAUCACAACUAAGUAUGCCAGAUAUUAGACUUUUAACUUCCCUGUACAAAUUCCUUUUCCUGAACCGCGGCCAUGACAAAAUUUAAGAAAUAAAGAAACAAUGACCUCAUCUGAAAGGUUCUUUUGCACUCUUUGCUAUGAUGAUUGUAUAUCUAGAGACGCCGUCACAUGGUGCACAGAAUGUGAAGUAUUCCUUUGUACAGACUGUGAAAAACACCACAAAAAGUUAAGAAUGUCUAAAGACCACAAAUGCAUGUGUAUAAAAGACUACAAAAAAUUACCGAAAUUUAUAAAAGAACUAAGUACCCAGUGCAGAGAUCACAAGAAAAAAUAUGAACUUUACUGUUCUCUCCAUGCCUGUCCCUGCUGUGUCACGUGUGUCACAGAAAAACAUCAGAAAUGCUUAGAAAUGAAACCACUAUCAGACAUUCUUAAUCAAAUUAAAUUUUCUGCAUCAGUUCAACUUCUUGAAAAAGAUUUGACGGAUGUGAAGAAAAAUUUUGAAGAGAUUAUCAAAUUUGUUAACAGUAGGAUGAAUAUAAGCAAUGUACAGAAAACUAAAGCUGCUGAAAAAAUUCGAUUUACGAGGAAGUCAAUAGAUGAUUUCUUAAACAAAAUAGAACAAGAAAUUCUUGACGACUUAGAAACUAAACAUUCAAAGCUAAAAUCAGAGAUGAACACUCUCCUACAACAACUGGAACAGCGAGCCAAUCAAAUAAGCAAUUUGCAGAAUGAGUUUUAUGAAAUGACACGACUUGCAACUGAACUACAAAUGUUUAUUGGUCUGAGGGAAAUUGAGAAAACCUCAUCACUAGCAGCAAAAUACAUAGAAGAAUUAGAAAGUGGAGACACAUUUGAUGAAAAGAACCUAGAGGUAACCAUGUCCUCUGCUCUGCACUUAAUUCUACAAGAUGUGAAAUCGUUUGGUGAUAUAAAUAUCAUUACGAGCCAACUCACUCUUCGAACUAAAGCUGGAAGAAAAGAGCAAGCACAGUAUCUAGUUAAAACUGUUCCUGGAAUUGAAGAAAUAAAACCAUCAAUGUUGAGAACUCUAACGAUUCCAGAAGAUAUGAAAUCUAUAAAUAUAUAUAUGCCUGUAGAAUAUUACCUGAUGGUAAAUAUAUAAUUCUUGAUAUCCAGUAUGAUAAAAGUCACCUGCUGCUGUUCAGUAAUGAUGGAAUGUUUAUAAGGAAAGUACUGACACUAACAGGAUCAUCGAACGAUGCAUGCUUUGUGAGAAAUAAUACAGUGGCUGUUACAUUAGUAUCAGCAAACCAGACAGCAUUGGUGGAUAUAGAAAAGAAUGAAAUUACUGAAACAAUUGAAGUUUCUCAUUUCUGUUCUGCAACAGCAAGUGAUGGUCAAAUAUUAGUCAUUAGUUGUGGGAAGAAAAGUACCAUAGUGAAUCUGAAGGAUAUUUCUCAUACAAUUUUAGAAGGAGUUAGUGCUCAUCAUAUUGCAUUAUUCAACGGAAAUAUUUAUGGUACCAUUGGGAAAAGAGUCUGCUGCUACAAAAGUACUGGAAAACCUCUCUGGACUUUUAUUCAUGAUGACAUCGUCAAUCCAGCAGGACUUACGUUAGACAGAAAUGGCUUUGUUUAUAUCGUUUCUAAGCAAAAAAACAGUAUUGUUGUAGUAUCACCCAAUUGUAAAACCUGUAGGACUGUACUAUCAGAGUCUGAUGGAAUCAAAGAACCUUAUGACAUGGACAUAGACAGAAAAAAAGGAAUCAUGAUAGUUUCAAUUGAAAAAAGUGAUGAUAGUUGUUCCUAUGAUUCAGUUAUUGUUUAUAAAAUCUAAAAUGUUUCAAAUAAAACAUAUGAUGAUAAGAUUCAUAGUGAUAACAGUGAUUUAAUUCAAGAAACAUUUUGUUAAUCAUUCUUAGAAAAAAACUUUUGUUGAUAAAAUAUGAAAU